AGUAGGAUCUGCGGACUCUGUUUUCUUAGUGAUUCUUAAUUUCUUUCUUUAACUUUUUGUGUAUUAUUACGUGUAUUGUCAUGUUUUUCUACUAUACGCCAGUGCUUUGUCCGAUUCUUUUUUUUAAGUUGGGAUAGGAGUGGCAUCGGUUGCAGCUGAGGAUAUUGAAAAAUUCAUCAGACAAAACGAUGGCAGAGAGUUCUGAUAAAACCAAAACCGGUAAAACUGUAGUUAUCGGCAUUGAUGGAAGCGAAAAUUCCCUGUUUGCAAUUGAAUGGUACGCAAGCCAUGUACACAGACAUGAUGAUCACGUGAUAUUGGUUUAUUGUGUAGAGAUGAGCGAAGUUCUUACAUCGUCAGACUGGUACCAUUCUCCAAACCCAGGUGACGUAGAUGCGUUCAAAACUAUUCUAGAUCACGAAGUUAAAAAGGUCCAAAGUAGGUUGGAAGAAUUUGGAGAAUUACUGAAGAGGUUGAAGCUAAACGGAGUUGUAAAAAGUGCACAAGCCCCAAAACCCGGAGAAGGAAUCCUUCGUGUUGCUAAAGAGGAAAAUGCUUCUAUGAUCGUUACUGGAACAAGAGGUCUUGGUAAAAUACGAAGAACAUUAUUGGGAAGUGUCAGUGAUUAUUUAGUUCACCAUUCUCCUGUUCCUGUCCUCGUUUGCAGAUUCAAAGAAAAGAAGUAGAAACCAAAUACAUUUAAAAUAACUUUAUUUGAUAAAAAGUAAAAUAUUACAAGUCUCACUAUCAUGUUAAGCGUAUCAAGUGUGAUUGGGAGUUUAAUAGAGUUCAUGUAACACAUAUACAUUUUAUUGUUGAGUUCACAUAGGAAUGCAAAUCCGUUACACUAUAGAUCUAGUGAUGAACUGUAUCGUUUAUUUCACAACUGUACGCAAGGAUAAGGGUAUGAUAAGCAAUAACAGUUAUGAAUCUAAUUAUUGAAAGGCGAAAUAAACCAAGAGAAUAAUAUUUAUACAAAAAAGUUGAAAACAAUCUGUAUCUAGCUGAAAGUAAAGGAAUUAAAACUGAAAAUAACACUCAAA